CAAUAGGGGAUGCCAUGCUAUAACGGUAUAGUUGAUUAUUGGUGGAUUGAACCUAAAUAAACUUGGGAAUCACCGUAUCCAACUUUUUAGGUACCAUAGAUGACGCUUCCUGGUCAAUGUGCAAAGAAUGGACUCCAGCGCAACACAAUCUAUUCCAAACGGCAAAUUUCUUUUUUGCAGCCGCUUUCCUGGUACCCGGAAGCUUCAAACAAAGUGUGUUAUUAGUGAGGGCUCUCCUGUCCUUCGGAUAUUUUUUCCUAGCGAUAUGGGGCGGCGUCGAGGUGUGCGCCCCUGAUAUUUUAUUAUGGAAUUUAAUCAUAGUUAUAUUAAACUGUAUACAUACUGCCUUGUUGACUUGGAGAUUUCUACCUCCGACCCUGACGCUCGACCUAACUGAACUUUAUAUUAAGGUAUUUAAGCCACUACGAGUAAGUAAAAAGCACUUUAAGGAAUUAGUUAAGGAGGCCAAAGUCCAGACGCUAGAAUGUGGUGAUAUUUACGCUGUAGAGGACGUUAGUCCUGCAGACGAAAGACUAUCAGUUUUGCUCAAAGGAAGACUCAGAGUAACGUGCGAUGACACCCAUCUACACUUUAUCAAUCAGCACCAGUUCGUUGACUCGCCUGAAUGGGAAGCGAACCACGAACAAUCCGACGACGUUUUUCAAGUGACAAUCACAGCAGAAGAGGACAGCACGUACCUAUGCUGGUCUCGCAUGAAACUGGAACGAGUACUCAGGCACAAACCUAUGCUUAAGACUGUCUUGGAUUCCAUUAUAGGCAAAGACAUAACACAAAAACUCUACGCACUAAACGAACACUUGAGCGGUUUAACGGAAGAAAGGAAACGAGGCAAACGACACGCGCUAUGGGCCAAAACGAACAGUAGGAGUAUGUCGUUGGAUGCCGUUAAUACUGGGACGACGGGAUUGGUCAGGUCGCAAGCUUACAAAAUGGACGCGGUGAAAAAUAAUAGUGUUGCCAGUCCGGAUAAUUCAGGUGCCGGUGUCUCAGCAAGACUGAAAGCGCCUCGACUCAAACAACAAACCUGGGUACCAUUGGUAGCCAGUCAAUUCCCGAAAAAAUCCCCGUUCAUCCAGCAGCACUCCACGACCAGUCUACGGUUACCGGAAGUUCAUGCGACACCGCCGCCGCAAAGAUCCAAGUCCCUAAAGGGCUCCAAGAAAGACAGAGAAGUCAAAUUUAAGGCGCCGCUUAAAUAGGAAUACUUGAUACCGAGGGUUCACGAAACGAGGACUGAAGCGAAAAAUGGUACUGAUAGUAGUAGUAGUGCGACGGGUGAGUUGAGGCUUUGAGGAAAUGUUUAAGCGCCAUCUGUCAUUGUGAUCAGACCUGGGCCUAACUCGAAUAAAAUAAGACUGCAUUAAAUUAUAUCGAAAGAAUCAAAGAAUGUCAAUUAUUGUUUUUUAAUCAUUUUACCAAAAGUAUAAGUUUAGUAGGUAGCUUUUAUCAAAAUAAGUCUAUUUUGUUACUAUCUAUUUCUGCCCAAUUUGGGUUUCCAUUCCUUUUCGCUGGCAAAUUCAGUACGAGGUUAUUUGCUGUUACUGUUCUCCGUUCUUUUUGUUUGUAUUCCGAGUCUCCUACCAGUAGAAAAUCCAUUCAACUGUUGUUGCGAGUCUCUGACAAGGUUGAAAGGAUGGUGUCGCUCUGAGAGCAAAAUUACAACAUUUAUAUCAAAUAAAUGUUAAUUGGUCAUUAAAAAAAUAAGUGUGUAAACUAUUUUGUAGAAAAAACAAACUUCAGUCAACAAAAUGUCUUCGUCAAGUGAAGAGGAAGCAGUCAUAGUGGCAUUAUAUUAUUUAAGAAAAAAGCGAAAAAUAUAUGGAAUAUUCACUUAAAUUAUAAUUAUAUGUAUAUGCAGGGAUAUUUUUCGAUUAUCUCCACAAAACUAAUGUUAUUUUGUUCCUCACUCAUAUUAAUAAUUUUAUGUAGGUAGGUAUCUUGACGGUCGCAAGGAGACUGAGCCACUCGGUCGCCCGAGACUGGUAUCUUACAGAUAGCGUUGCGAUCGCGUCGCCGCUGCCUUGGUGCUUGGUGGGCAGGUCUCCAUUCGAAACUAUUUGCCGCGACUGCAAGGCUUCGUCGCGUCGCGGUAUCGUUGUAGUCGCGUAUUGCUGGUGUGAUAACCGCCUUAUAGUUCAAGGUAUGUCCGACAAAUACCUAGAUAUAAGAAGGAAAGCAUCAGGCAAACGCAGGUGAAGAAGAAGUGAUGCUAUAUGCUGCAAACUAUUGCAGUGAAAUUGACGGCAAAUUGAGUUAUGUAUUAGACUCAGGUGCGAGUAUUUGUGCAGGAAAGUCUAGAAGCCAAAUGUUUGACAUAACCAAAC